UACAACUCCGAGUUAACCAACAUUGACGGAUGUCAAAAAUAUGAAAAAGGUCUUUUUUUUCAUAAGAAGAAAUUAAAUUAACGGAGGGAUUGAAAGGGUAUUUGUCAUGUGAAUCAAUGGAGGAGCGAAUGAAUUGCUCGGAAAAGCUUCAUUUUUGCCACUGACUUGAAACUGCUCAAACUGGUAACACCAUGGGAGGAGCAGUGGUGGACGACGGACCUACUGGGGUGAAGGCACCAGAUGGCGGAUGGGGCUGGGCGGUGUUGGUCGGCUGCUUUGUCAUCACAGGAUUCUCCUACGCGUUCCCCAAGGCUGUCAGCGUCUUCUUCAAGGAGCUGAUAAAAGAGUUCCAUGUUGGCUACAGUGACACGGCCUGGAUAUCAUCCAUACUGCUGGCAAUGCUCUACGGCACAGGUCCUCUCUGCAGUGUGUUGGUGAACAAGUUUGGCUGUCGACCUGUGAUGAUGGUUGGAGGGAUUUUCGCCUCACUGGGAAUGAUUCUGGCUUCUUUUGCAACCAGCAUUGUACACAUCUACCUUUCCGUCGGCGUUAUUACAGGUUUGGGCCUCUCUUUGAACUUCCAGCCAUCCCUAAUAAUGCUCAAUCGCUACUUCAGCGAGAAGCGACCUUUGGCCAACGGCCUGGCAGCGGCAGGCAGCCCCGUAGCUCUGUGUUCUCUCUCUCCACUGGGACAAGUUCUUCAGUACCAUUAUGGCUGGAGGGGUGGCUUUCUCAUCCUGGGAGGAAUACUUCUCAACUGCUGUGCCUGCGGUGCCCUCAUGAGGCCCCUUUUGCCACCAAAGAAACCCAGCAUGCUGGAGGAUGGCGAUAUCGCAGCCAUAGACAAGGAAAAUAAGUCCCAACCCAAGAAGAAACUGCUAGACUUCAGUGUGUUCAAAGACAGAGGAUUUGUCAUUUAUACUGUUGCCGCCUCCAUUAUGGUGCUGGGCUUGUUUGUGCCGCCUGUCUUCGUGGUCAACUAUGCUAAAGGACUCGGCUAUGAGGACACGGCUUCUGCUCUGCUGCUCACCAUCUUGGGAUUCGUAGAUAUGUUCGCCCGUCCCCUGUCGGGAAUCGUCGCAGGUCUGAAGUGGGUACGGCCAAGGUGCGUCUACCUGUUCAGUUUUGCUAUGCUCUUCAACGGAUGCACCGAUCUCAUUUGCUCACAGGCAAACACCUAUACAGGUCUGGUGGUCUUCUGCAUCUUUUUUGGCAUAUCGUACGGCAUGGUGGGAGCACUACAAUUCGAGGUCCUGAUGGCUAUCGUGGGGACGGAAAGGUUUUCUAGUGCUAUUGGUCUUGUGCUGAUGAUGGAAGCGAUGGCUGUGCUCGUGGGACCUCCUGGAGCAGGUCGCCUCUUGGAUGCUACACACCAGUACAUGUACGUAUUCCUGCUGGCGGGCUGCGAGGUCACGCUGUCAGCCAUUGUGAUUGCCGUGGGAAACUUCCUAUGCAUCAAAACUAGACAGGAAGAUCCUGCUCCGCUGGAAAUGGCGGCGACUGCUGCGAAGGAGGAGGGCCUCAGCAAGGAGACAAUUGAAGGCGAGCAGGGGGAAGAGGGAGUCGGCCAGUUGCCUAUGCUAGGGGACGUGGAGGAGUAAGGUGGUUGGGGUGGGGGAAGAUGGAGGAAGAAGGUCAGGUAAUAAGUAUUGGGGCAUCGUGAAGACAUGAUGAAGACAACAAGAGACAUAAGGUUAAUGAAGCGUACAUGCAUUAAAUACUUUCAUAUUGCUUAGGAGGAAAGUAGUAAUUGUUGUUGACUUAAACCACUGCAGUCACUUUAGUUUGAAUGCUUUUCUCUGCUGCCGACAUCACUUCAGGAACAUCAUUAUUUUCUUCCGAUCUAUUCCAAUGAAUUGUUUUACUUAAAAAAAUCCAUUUAACAUUUCACAGCCCAGAACCUCAAACUAACCAGUCUUGUGUAAAGUAAUCAAGCAACCAAAAAGUGAUAUAAAAAUACCUUCCGGGUAAAUUUCUUGUCACAAAAUGACUUACGUAAAAAUCUGAAAGUACUGUAGCUGCUAUUAGGGAUGUGAAUCUUAUGGCAACUCACGCUUCGAUUCGAUUCUUGCGGCGAUUAUUCGAUUCAGAAUCGAUUCUCGUUUCUCCCAAUAUAUUAUUUGGUAUAAAAAUGAUCAUAUUUCCAAAACAGGUUGUAGGUUUCUGCCGGGAACGUCUAGCAGAGUCUCCCGUCAGAGAGAGUUUCAAUUCCCACCUCCAAAAGGAGGCGCUGGACAUCGAGUCCGAGUGGACCAUGUUCCGUGCCUCUAUUGUCGAGGUGGCCAAUAGGAGCUGUGGCCGCCAGGUGGUUGGUGUCUGUUGUGGUGGUAAUCUCAGAACUGGUGAGGGAUGCAGUCAAGCUGAAGGAGUCCUGUUGAGUCUUUUUGGCUUAUGGGACCCCGGAGGGAGCGGACAAGUACCGACGACAGGCUAAGCGGCACACAGCUUUGGCGGUCGCAGAGGCAAAAACCUGGACAUGGGAGGAGUUCAAGGAAGCCAUGGAAAAUUACUUCUGGAUGUUUUCAAAGCGAUUGUGGACCACCAUCCGCCGCCUCCGGAGGGGGGAGCAGUGCACUGUCAACACCGUGUAUGGUGGGGAUGGUGUGCUGUUGAACUCGUCGCUGAAUGCUGUGGAUCGGUGGAGGGAAUACUUUGAAGACCUCCUCAAUCCCACCUACACGUUUUCCUAUGAGGAAGCAGUGCCUGGCGAAUCUGUGGUGGGGUCUCCUAUUUCUGGGGUUGAGGUUGCUGAGGUAGUUAAAGGCUCAUCGGUGGCAGGGCCCCCAGGUUGGAAGAGACCCACUCAGAGUUCCUUAAGGGUCUGGAUGCUGUGGGGCUGUCAUGGUUGACAAGACUCUGCAACAUUGCGUGGACAUCAGGGGGGGUGCAUAUGGAUUGGCAAACCAGGGUGGUUUGCCAAUCCAGAGGAACCGAAGUGUGUGUUCUAACUAUCGUGGGAUCACACUCCUUAGCCUUCCCGGUAAGGUCUAUUCAGGUGUACAGAGGGGAGGCUACACCGGAGAGUUGUGUUUUGUGGACUUGGAGAAGGCAUUCGAUCCUGUCCCUCAGGAAGUCCUGUGGGGAGUGCUCAGAGAGUGUGGGGUAUUGAACCGCCUGAUUGUGCCGGUCCGCUCCCUGUAUCAUCAGUGUUGUAGCUUGGUCUGCAUUGCCAGCAGUAAGCCAGACCUGUUUUCAGUGAGGGUUGGACUCCGCCAAGGCUGCCCUUUUUCACCGAUUCCGUUUACAACUUUUGUGGACAGAAUUUUGAGGCGCAGUCAGAGCAUUGAGGAGAUCCAGUUUGGUGGAUGUAGGAUCAGGUCUCUGCGUUUUGCUGAUGAUCCAGUCCUGGUGGCUUCAUCUGGCCAGGAUCUUCAGCUCUCACUGGAUCGGUUCGCAGAUGAGUGUAAAGCGCCUGGGAUGAGAAUCAGCACUUCCAAGUCCGAGUUGAUGAUUCCCGCCCCGAAAAGGGUGGAGUGUAAUCUCCGGAUUGGGGAGAAGAUCCUUCCCCAAGUAGAGGGGUUCAAUUACCUUGGAGUCUUAUUCACGAGUGAGGGAAGAGUGGAUUAUGAGAUCGACAGGCGGAUCGGUGCGGCGUCUGCCGUAAUGCGGACACUGCAUUGAUUCGUUGUGGUGAAGAAGGAGCUGAGCCGGAAGGCAAAGCUCUGAAUUUACCGGUCGAUAUACGUUCCCAUCCUCACCUAUGGUCAUGAGCUUUGGGUUAUGACCGAAAGGACAAGAUCACGGGUACAAGAGGUCAAAAUGAGUUUCCUCCGUUGAGUGGCGGGGCUCUCCCUUAGAGAUAGGGUGAAAAGUUAUGUCAUCCGAGAGGAGCUCAAAGUAAAGCCGCUGCUCCUCCACAUCGAGAGGAGCCAGAUGAGGUGGUUCGGGUAUUUGGUCAGGAUGCCCUCCGGACGCCUCCCUGGGGAGGUGUUUAGGGUGCGUCUGACCGGUAGCAGACCACGGGGAAGACCCAAGACACGUUGGAGAGACUAUGUCUCCCAGCUGGCCUGGGAACACCUCGGGAUCCCCUGGGAGAAGCUGGACGAAGUAGCUGAGGAGAGGGAAGUCUGUAACCUGACUCUCGCCAAACCCUUGUAGUUCGCUGAGCUCCACACAAGGAUCUGGGCUCGAGGGCAUUGCUAACUCCUUCAAGAUAGCAAAAAAAUAAUGAACCAAUCAGGAUCGCCGGGCGGGAUUUCAUAGAUGCGAUUGUUUUGAUUUGAUUCAAACAACAAUGGCGGCACGCAGCGAGGAGUCGUGUGCUGACAUUGAUUCUGCUAUUGCAACUGUUUUGUCGAAUCUAUCGAAUAUUAAUUAUUUAAAAGAUGAACAGAGAACUUUUCGCUCGGUGGUUAUCCAAAUGUCGGCUGUUCUGUUUUGGAUCUCAUCAGCGUCACGGGUUGAUUUGGAUGUGAGUGGUUGAAGUAGCACGUCCUUCAAGAUAACGGACAAGUGGUUUAUCCAAUCACAUACAAUGAUUUUUUUACAAGCCUUCUGAAAUACAUCUCCUAUUGAGAAGUGCCAGAUCCUUGUGUGGAGCUCAGGGAACUACAAGGAUCUGGCGAGAGUCAGGUUAGGAAGUCUGGGCUUCUCUGCUUAGGCCGCGACCUAACCUCAGAUAAGCAGAAGAAGUUGGAUGGAUAAAUGGAUAGGUAUAGUUUACAAAAGAUCCUCUUGGCUGCUGACGUGAAAUAUACGAGCACUGAAAAAGCUGGCCUAAAAAACGUCUUUUAAAAAAAAUAUUCCUGAGAAAGAAAUUUAUUUUUUUUUUUAAAUACAUUUUUGAAAAUUAGGAAUCGAUUCUGAAUCUGAAUAAAUGAGAAUUGCAAUUUUGAUGUGAAUCUAAUUUUUUUCAGCACAAAUCUUUUUAAACAAAAGUUUAUUUCUGUUGCUUUAUGCCAACAUUAAAUGCAAAAUAUACCUGUCACAUAAAAAGUACUUUCAUUUAGCGGUCCUAACUUGGAGUUAACAUGUAUGUGUAACAGCUAUAUGACUAUUGCUCAGUCAGCAAAACCAUUUAGUUCAGGGGUCUCAAACUGGAGUCCUGCAGGGCCAUAUUUUGUGGCCCUCCACUUAACUUUGUGGUCCGGCGUCAUUGCGGCUCGUGCACUGAAUAGUUAUAUAUAGUGGCAAUCUUGUACCCCACUAAACACUACAAACACGCAUUGGGCAUCACAAAGAGCAACUUGCACGAAGCAAGCUAAAGUGUCUCUGACCAUCUCCUGGGGAACACAACUAUGUCAAAAUAUAUCAUUUGUACCUUAGAAGUAGAAGUCAUUAACAAAUGUAGUCAUGUGUUUAAAAAGUGAUUCUAAAGUGAAUACUAGAUGCAGCCCGACCUCAUCCAGACUAACUUCAGCAGCCUCACAGGUCAAAUUGAGUUCGAGACCCCUGAUUUAGCCAAAUAGAAAAGUUGUUGUCGUUGUCUGUGUAACUGUGCGUAAACCUGCUAAUGCUGCAAACCAGGUCGUAACUUCCUGUUCCUCACGAACAACCAAUCAUGCACCUUCUUCUUCUUUGGAUUGAUUGCCGUGCAACAUCAGUGUUCCUUGCUGCCAUUGGCUGCCAAAAAAUACAUCGGUAAUAUUUCAAAAUUAAAUAUCAAUUUUAUUUCGAGUAUACAGUAUAUUCAAGUAAAAGUCGAGCCCCGCAGAAGAAGUAAAGGAGAACAAAUUAAUGGGAAACCACAUACAUGUUAUUUAUUAUGCAUUCUAACUCGUAAUUAAACGCCAAAUGAAAGUCAGCUGACAAUGGAAGUCAUGGGCUUCCCGCCUAUAAAGUGCUCUAAAAAACAUCCAAAAGCCUCCAUCAAUGUUCUAUAUGCACACUGUAAAUAUUAAGUUAAAGUUAAAGUACCAAUGAUUGUCACACACACACUAGGUGUGGCGAAAUGUGUCCUCUGCAUUUGACCCAUCCCCUUGUUCACCCCCUGGGAGGUGAGGGGAGCAGUGGGCAGCAGCGGUGCCGCGCCCGGAAAUCAUUUUUGGUGAUUUAACCCCCAAUUCCAACCCUUGAUGCUGAGUGCCAAGCAGGGAGGUAAUGGGUCCCAUUUUUAUAGUCUUCGGUAUGACUCGGCCGGGGUUUGAACUCACAACCUACCGAUCUCAGGGCGGACACUCUAACCACUAGGCCAUGUAAUGUAGUAUCCGUCACAUUCACAAUAACAUGUCAUCUUUACGUAUUUUGCUCAUUUUAAGCAUAGAGGCGCAUUAGUUUCAGACGCAUCAUUAAGUUUGCUAUUUCCUCCAACAAUAACUAAUACUACUAACCAUGACAGACUUCACAAGAGACAAUGCUAUGCCUCUACUCUUCAGGGCGCAGCCUCCGGUCUUCAGGCCAGGGUCUUCUAAAGAUCCCAGAAACUCGUUUUAAAACCGGUGGAAACCUGGCAUUUCAGACUAUAGCUCCCAGACUCUGCAACAAUUUGCACCAGUCUCUUCGUGAUCUGGACUUUGUUAAAACUUUUAAGAAACAUUUGAAAACUUCUCUUUUUAGUAAAGCUUUUAGUUAAUGCACCUUUUAACUAUAAUUUUUAAUCCACUUCAUAUCCUUUUUAUGAUGUUGCCCCUGUUGUUUUAAUUGAAUUGUUGUUUUACUUCACCUAUGUUUUGUACAGCGCUUUGUGAUUUUAUCUGUGAAAAGCGCUUAAUAAAUAAAAUGUACUUACUUACAACAAUGACUACUUCGGAACAAAUAGAUGAACGGAACUUUAUUAUCAUUGCACUUAAAAAGUACAAUGAAAUUACAUUUCUAGUACAAACUGGGGUGGUUUCAAAGAAAAAUUAAUCCUGAAAAAGGAGAAAACAAAUGUCUUUUUGUGUCAUUCUCACCAUCUACGGGUCUAACAUUAACAACAAUGUUGACAAAUCUCUCGAUUUAUGGCCACAGCCUUCAAUUAUACAAGUGAUUUAUAAUCUAGAAUGAACUUUCGCCAACUUGGAGGCGAUACAGCAGCUCAGUGUAGCUUACGCCGCUAAAAAGUAUAGUUCCUCAGCGUUUGUGCUUAUAACAAUAUCACUCACACUUUUAAUUAACUAAUAUUCAGGUUAGAGGAUAUAAAUGGAUUGUUGUUGGCGGUUUUUGGAUGUUUUUUAGAGGGUUUAUGAGCACAAUGGAUUAGUUCCAUUAGUUGCAAAAUUCCAAAAAAAGGUGCAGUUCCUCUUGAAGUACUGUAAGAAUAUAUUUAUACUGUUAUUUAAUAGACAGUAUUUUCCAUCAAGAAAUGUCCCCCUGAACACAAUAAUAAUUCACAUAUUUGCUCAGCUGCAACUUGAUUUUUUAACACUUGCUGCAUUUGCCUUGAUGUGAUUUCAAACUGUGCAGUCAACCUGAUUUGUGUUUUUUCUGUGCAAAAAAGAUGCUGUGAUGUGUGUGCACUACUGUACGUCAACUUGUCUAUCACAUGAUUUAGUGUGAGUCCAUCUUGCGCAGCACACCUUCUUCUGUUUGCAAACAUUCAUGUGACUCUUUAUUGCACUGUAAUCUAAUAAAAAAAAUAUAUAUUUGCGUUUUGAGCAUUGAGUACGUUUUUGUCCACAUGG